AUGCCAAUACUUAAAGUUGCUCAUUCCGAUGAGAAGAGACGUUUUGAUCCCUCGGGGUUGACAUGCAUUUAUGAACACACGGAGCACGAGGAAAAUGAGGGGACCCUAUGCUCUUUGAAGCGUCAGAUGUCUAUGAAGGAGCUGUUGCUUCUGCUUUCGAUGUCCUUUAGUUACGCGUUGUGCUUUAACACACUUAACAAUAUAGUGAUUCCAAAAAUUGUUGGCCGUCUUGGCGACAAUAAGCAGAGUCUAUGGCUCGGUUUGCUCAUGGUACUUGGGGCACUUUGUCAGAUGUCAGCGCCACUUGUUGGGGCGUACAGUGACCGUGUGGGCAACCGAGCGCUUUUUUUGGUGUCAGGUUCCGCUGUGACCGUUAUGGGGCUUUUUAUGUUUAUUCUUGUGGAACUGACAGAUAUGGUGAUAGUACUGUGCCUUGCGCAGGUACUCUCAACCGUGGGACUUUCUGUCAUUUAUAGUAUGGUGAUGGCAUUGCUAACUGACUACGUUCUUGAAGAGCAGACUGGGAAAGGAAGUGGGGCAAUGGCUCUUCUUGCCCUCACUGGUAGUGGUGUGGGGUAUGCCAUGCUAGCGGCGGAUGUACCGGUAAAGUACUGCCUCUGUAGUUACGUGAUUGUUACGCUGCUUUGUUUGACACUGACGUUGAAUUCCAUUCCAAUCGUAGAGACACUUCGACCUGCACAACAACCUGCCCGCUUUUGCGACACGGUGAUAGCAGCAUUCACGAUGCCUUCAUUUCGUGUUUUUCCCGACUUUUUCCUUGCGUGUGUAGGGCGGGCGCUGUUCAACGGUGGACUGGCGUCGCAGGUAUACCUUGUUUUCUUUGUGCGUGAUGUUUUUUUGUCGACGAGCCCAGUACGCAUUACUUCUGCCUUGUCGAUCGCAGCACUCAUAGGUGGGCUUUUGGGUGCCAUUCCUAGCGGCGUCUUUUCAGACCGCAUAGGACGAAAGCCUGUUGUCUACGCUGCCCUUUUUUUGUGCACUACAUCGCUUGUACUUCUUGUGCUUGUGCGUGACAUCAAAUUACUUUAUGUGGUAGGUUUUCUGCACGGCUUUGGCAGCGCCUCCUAUCUUUCUGUGGACCACGCACUGGGCAUAUUGACACUCCCGCGUAAAUGUGGCUUUCCUAUCGAUGCCGCGAAAGACCUGGGCCUUUUUGCCACAAGUGCAACCUUCGGGACACUUGUGGGUCAGGUGGCAUACGGCACCAUGCUGCAGGCCUUUGUGGGGUACACUGAGACUGGGUUAGUGCGCUACAGCUACUUUGGAUUUAUUGUUAUCUUUAUUCUUGCGGCUGUGGCGUUCAUCGUGAGUGGCACAACCGUGGUAUUUAUUCGCUUGAAGUGA